ACAGAGAAAGCGGGAAGUUACUUAGCACGGUUCCGGGUUUCCUCGCGCCCCGCCCGCGCGCACUCCCCACCGCAGAUACAGGCUUUUCGUCCCUGGGUCGGUCUGUCCUACGGAGAGCAAUCCUUGUCCAUCCGUCCACGCUCUGUCCGCCCGGCCGCAGUGCAUCUGCCCGUCUCUUCUGACUCCGCCCCACAUCUGUCCGGAACCGCCUCGCGUCCUGCCGCGGACCCAGUGCGCGGCUGCCAGUCAGUCCCUCCGGACCCGCCACGAGCCUCAGGCUGCCGAAAUCACCGCGCGUCACUCGCCUCAACAGUGAUUCUGAGUCUGCUUUUAGCUUCCUUCGCCUGGGUUUUUUUUUUUUUUUUUCCUGUUUGUGAACAGCUGCUUGGCCCCAUAGCUUAGAGAAAGCAGCCUUUUCUUCUCUCCCAAGAGAGCCUCCUCCCUGUACUCAGAGAGAUGGGGAGUGGGGAGCCUAAUCCUGCUGGCAAGAAAAAGAAGUACCUCAAGGCUGCCCUGUACGUGGGUGACCUGGACCCAGAUGUUACUGAGGACAUGCUGUAUAAAAAGUUCAGGCCUGCUGGCCCUCUGCGCUUCACUAGAAUCUGUCGUGACCCGAUGACCCGCAGCCCCCUGGGCUACGGUUAUGUUAACUUCCGCUUCCCUGCAGAUGCUGAGUGGGCCCUGAACACCAUGAAUUUUGACCUAAUUAAUGGCAAACCAUUCCGCCUCAUGUGGUCUCAGCCAGAUGACCGCUUAAGAAAGUCUGGAGUUGGAAAUAUAUUCAUCAAAAACCUGGACAAGUCCAUAGACAAUAGAGCCCUUUUUUAUUUAUUUUCUGCAUUUGGGAACAUUCUCUCCUGCAAAGUCGUAUGUGAUGACAACGGCUCUAAGGGUUAUGCCUAUGUGCACUUUGACAGCCUAGCUGCUGCCAAUAGGGCCAUCUGGCACAUGAACGGAGUGCGGCUCAACAACCGCCAGGUGUAUGUUGGACGAUUCAAAUUUCCGGAAGAGCGGGCAGCCGAAGUCAGAACCAGGGAUAGAGCAACUUUCACCAAUGUUUUCGUUAAAAACUUUGGAGAUGACAUGGAUGACGAAAAACUGGAGGAAAUUUUUAGUGAAUAUGGGCCAACUGAGAGUGUUAAGGUAAUAAGAGAUGCCAAUGGGAAAUCUAAAGGCUUUGGAUUUGUGAGAUACGAGACACACGAGGCUGCCCAAAAGGCUGUGUUAGACCUGCAUGGGAAGUCCAUCGAUGGGAAGGUCCUCUAUGUAGGGCGAGCACAGAAGAAAAUUGAACGUCUGGCUGAGUUAAGGCGAAGAUUUGAACGGCUGAGAUUAAAAGAAAAAAGUCGUCCUCCAGGGGUGCCUAUCUAUAUUAAGAACCUGGAUGAGAGGGUCGAUGAUGAAAAACUGAAGGAGGAAUUUUCUUCUUUUGGAUCAAUUAGUCGGGCCAAAGUGAUGGUGGAAGUGGGGCAAGGCAAAGGGUUUGGUGUCGUCUGCUUCUCCUCUUUUGAAGAGGCUACCAAAGCAGUGGAUGAAAUGAAUGGUCGCAUAGUGGGCUCCAGGCCCCUGCAUGUUACCCUGGGCCACACCAGGCGCAGGUGGUGAGAAUAAGAAGAGAAUGCUCAAUUUGUUUCAGCCUAAAGCUGGUGCCUACUUAGUAUGGGCUACUUUGUGAUAAGAGGUUAUUUUAUGCCAAUUCACAGGUUUUUUUUUUAAGUAAAUACUUUCUUUUGAAAAAAGUGGUACUUAGAACACCUUGUUCAUCUUAGUGAAAAGCAUAAUUUCUAAUUGUAAAACUGUCAUUUUGUACUAUUUUUUGAUAUGAUAUCCUUAGGAAUAUGUUGAAUAAAAUUUAUUCCUCCGCACAUUUUUUUUCCCUAAACCAGUCAAGGUGAGGUAAUUGAUUAAGUAUAUUUCCUUCCAAAUUUUGACAACACUAAAUUUAAUCUCUAAUAUGAAAAUACUCUCGAAAUUGUCCUUCUGAAUCUAUCACAGCAAAAACGUCUUACUUUUUGACAGAUCAGCAGAGCAGGGGAAAAUGUAUGUGAUCCAAUUAAUGUGUGUGAUUAAUUUCAUUUUAUGAUUUAAAAUGAAUAUUCUUUUGAAAAGAUGUGAAUGUUUUUUAUUUAUUUAUGUUUACCCUUAUUAAUAUAUUGUGGGUAUACUAUAAACUUGAUAGUGGCUUUGACUAAAUGUUGGGUGUUUAUUAAUUUCAUGCCCAGAGAUAUAAGCGUAUUGGUGUUUUCUUAAUCAGUACCUUAGAAAAUUAACACUUGAGGUAUUGAUUAUUUAAAUUAUGAGUUUCAUCUGAAAAACCUUCCCUGAGAGAUUUUUUGAGGACAGUCUAAGGAGCAUUCUUACUACUCAUUUUUCUAAACUUUUUACAUUGGAUCAUAUUAAAUUAGCUAGAAAGAUGAGUAACUGCACUGAAUUACCUUUGCCUAUAAUUUUAAGAUUUUACCAUGAUGUUUUAAGUGUCAACCUAAAAGGUAAAUCCAUGAAAUCAUGUUGAAAAACUACUUUGAAGAACAUCUACUAAACUUGUCAUUAUCUCUUGUAAAUUGCUGAAUAUAUCUAUGUAAUAAUAUUCAUAGAUGUUUCAAAGUUAAGGAAAAAGUUGUCUCUCCUGAUUAUAUCACAUACCUCUAUCUAUAAUAUGAGAGCUGUUAAUCCAAUAUUGGUUCUCUUUGUGUCUGGCUGCUUGUAAAUUGUGACAAAGUGUUUUGUUCUAUAUUGCACUGACAUUUAGCCUGCAAUCUCUAAAUUACCGAUUUUCCAUAUUUCUCUUGCAGUUCCCUCUUCUCCCCACCCAUUCACCUUCCGUCCAUGUUGCAUUUAUUUUACUUUUAUAUUUUCUUAAGGUUGUUUUUCUUCUAAUGUACGCCAGUUCAAAUCCAUUUGCAAACAGAGAAAUAAUUAACUUAUGUAAAAUUUAAGUAAUUAUUUUUCAAAAAUAGGAUUCACCAUGUGCCAGAUCCAACCAUAAGAAAAGGUUCUGUCUCCAUUCUCAGUUGGUUUUUAUGACCUUAUAUAGAAAUCUUAAGUUUCAUACAUAAUACAAUAUAAAUAUACAAUUUUAUUAAUACUUUUGUUAUUAAGCUAUUUGUAAUUGUUUACCUACAAGUUACAUGUAAAUUCAUUACCAAAUAUUUUAAGUGGAAAUCAGUUUUUAUUGACUAUAAACAUAGCACAUGCUCAUUGAAAAAAAUUGUACACAAUGCAGUAAUUUAUAAAGAAGGAAGUUAAAUCCCCUCAGAUAAGAAAUAACCACUAUUAAUAUCUUCAUGCGUGCAUAUCCUCCCAUGCCCUUUUUCCUAUUUAUACACACACUGCUUUACAAACAUAAAAGAAAACAUGCCAUAUGUACUAUUAUGUGUUUUUUAAAUUUUAAAUUAAAAUAUCAUCUUUUUGUGUGAAUACAUAUCAAUCUGUACCAUCAUUUUAGUGACUGCAUAGUAUUCCAUUGUUUGGAUAUACUAUAACUUAUCUAAGUAGUUCAUUAUUGAAUAUGAUUUAUGUUUUUCAAUGUUUUCUACAUUUGUAAAAAAUGCUGUGAUGAACAUCUUUGCUUAAGAACAAUAUAAAUUAUAUGAGCUUGAAAAAUAUAUAGCAUGUAAAAGCUUAAGUCUACUAGAAAAAUAAAAAUGCACAUCAUAUUGAUAUAUGUAUCAAAAUUUUAAAACAUCAAGAUGUAUUCAUUUAAUUGACAAAAAACUAACAGGAUACAAGUUUUUAUAUUUUAUGAACUCACUUGCUUUACAUCAUUGUGAUCAUUAAAAUAUACGAAAAUGAUGCAAUUCCAUAUAAAAUUCAAAGUAGUUACAUAGAAAAUUAUUUACCACAUGUUCUCUCUUUUCCAUUUUAGCCAUUACCAGUCUUCAUUUAAAUUUAUAAACCUGAAGUGGCCAGUUUAAUCUAAAACCUUUACAAAUGUUUUGAUUCAGUAUAAAUUGCAUAAGAUUUCUAGCAGAUAAAAAUCUUCAAGUAUAAUCAUAUGAUAUAUUUUGGAAAAUUAUUUGAGUAUUUAAAUUAUUACUAUUUUCAAAAUGCCAGUCAGUAUAAAGAAAAGGAGUAAUUGAAAUAUGCCUAAAUACAGAUAAAAUAUAUGGGUUAGGAUCUUGCAAAACAGUCAAAAAAACUCUGUAAAUUCAGUUGGUAAAAAGCAGGUAAACAAUAUCAAGGAAAGAUAAUCUGUAUUUGAACACAAACAACUGGGAAGUUUUCAAUCUUGUACUUUUCACUUUAAGCUACAUUUAAUAGACUCCUAAUAAUUAAGCCUUCCAAGGAGAAGCAAAAUAAUUCAGUGACAAAGCAUCAAAAAUAGGUUAUUGUUCAUUUCCUAGUACAAGAUAAUUAAUAAAAAUUUGUAAAACUAUACCAUCAAAUGAUUGGCUUAAGAAUGGAUUGUUUAAACCAAGGUUGUUUUUUGUAGCUUUUCAGAACAGUUACUUGUACAAAUUUCAAAUGUGCCCAGGGAGAAGAAAAUUAAAAACAUUGCUUUGUGAUCGUAAACCAUCAUAUUAAAAGUUAUUUGGGUGAGG